AUGGGUGUAGUUUCUUUCUAUGCUGUGGUGCUGGUAUCUCCAUUCCUGGUAGAAGGUGGGCAACCCAUGCUCAUAGGAACUCAAGAUCUUUCAAAGAACAGAUUUACUGAAAUUCCUCCUGAUGUCUGGUUGUUUGCGCCACUGGAAACUUUAAAUUUGUACCACAACUGCAUCAAAUCCAUUCCGGAAUCUAUUAAAAAUCUGCAAAUGCUUACCUACCUUAACAUUAGUCGAAAUCUUUUAUCAACGCUGCCAAAAUACCUGUUUGAUCUUCCUCUUAAAGUUCUGGUUGUCAGUAAUAAUAAGCUGGUCUCCAUUCCAGAAGAAAUUGGGAAAUUGAGACAUUUAAUGGAGUUGGAUAUUAGCUGCAAUGAACUUCAGGUUCUUCCCCAGCAGAUAGGAAAAUUGCAGUCCCUUAGAGAAUUAAACAUAAGAAGAAACAAUCUCCAUAUGUUGCCAGAUGAAUUAGGAGACCUUCCCUUGGUAAAGCUGGAUUUUUCUUGUAAUAAAAUUACUGAAAUUCCAAUUUGUUACAGAAAGUUACGUCACUUACAAGUUAUAGUUUUGGAUAACAAUCCAAUGCAGAUACCACCAGCACAGAUAUGUUUAAAGGGUAAAGUACAUAUAUUUAAAUUCCUUAGCAUUCAGGCAUGCCUCAGAAUAGAUAAAAAACCAGAUUCUUUGGAUCUUCCAUCAUUAGGUAAACGAAUCCCCUCCCAGCCACUCACAGACAGUAUGGAGGACUUUUAUCCCAAUAAAAAUCAUGGACCAGACUCUGGCAUUGGAAGUGAUAAUGGGGAUAAACGGUUGUCUACAACAGAACCAUCUGAUGAUGAUACAAUCAGCCUUCACUCCCAGGUAUCAGAAUCAACAAGGGAACAGACAUUAAGGAAUGAUAGUCAUGUAAUGGGAAGUAAACUUGAUCCACAGAAAGACCAGGAGGUGUAUGAUUACAUUGAUCCAAAUGCAGAAGAGGGAGCUGUUCCUGAGCAAGGAGAUGUACAGAUUGGACCAUUGCUGUCUUAUAUCAAGGAACGGGCAAAACAUCCUGAGAAAUCCCAGAAAGUAGAACAGAGUGAGGACUGGGGAGAUGAAAAAAGACUUCAGAAAGAACAGCUGCUGACUGAAGAUGAUGAUGAACUCAAAGAAGUGACUGACUUGAGAAAAAUAGCAGCUCAGUUACUGCAGCAGGAACAAAAACACAGGCUUCUUAAUCAUUCAGUUUCAGUAAGUGCAAGGAACAGACUGAAACAGCCAAUGGAAUCUGAAAAAUGUGUCUCAACAGAUGAAGUGAAUUCUCCAGUGUUCCCAUACACCUGGCAGCCGCUGGAAAACCAGAAGGAUGCAGUGGAUGAACAGCAUUGGCCAGAAACACAGCCAGUAAUUUGGCAGAGUGAAGAAAGAAGGAGAAGUAAACAAAUUAGAAAAGAGUAUUUCAAGUAUAAGUCUUCCAGAAAGAGUUCAAGUGGAAAUGAAAAUGAUGAGCAAGACAGUGAUAACACUAAUGUGUCCCCACAGUCUCCUGUGUCGUCUGAGGAUUAUGAAAGGACAGAUAGUAACACUCAUGGUCCAUUUGGUCUCAAAACAAGGUCAGCCUUCAGCCGUGCAUCACGCCAGGACUAUGGUGCAGUGGAUCCUGGAUUUACAAUGAGGAGGAAAAUGGAGCAUUUAAGGGAAGAAAGGGAACAAAUAAGACAGCUUCGCAAUAAUCUUGAAUCAAGGUUAAAAGUAAUUUUGCCAGACGACAUUGGAGCAGCACUGAUGGAUGGAGUGGUUCUUUGCCAUUUAGCCAAUCACAUAAGGCCACGUUCUGUUGCCAGCAUUCAUGUACCAUCGCCAGCAGUGCCUAAACUCAGUAUGGCAAAGUGCCGAAGAAAUGUUGAAAACUUUCUUGAUGCUUGUAAAAAACUGGGUGUUCCACAGGAGAGACUUUGCUUGCCUCAUCACAUUCUGGAGGAAAGGGGUCUGGUGAAGGUUGGCCUCACAGUUCAAGCUCUGCUUGAAUUGCCUACGUUGAAAGUAUCUCAGCUUUCCUCCAUGUGACAUGACUUCUUGGAAGCUAGACAACUUCCCAUUUGAUGUGUUGAUUUGGAUUGCUCUGAGGCAGUUCAGCUUCUUACACGGGAACAUCCAAGCCAUCAAAAACUACUAUCUGUCCAGAUGCUGUAGAGAGCCUUACUUUGGAGUUGUACGUGAAAAACUUGGAGUCAACUGACAGUUAAAAGAACAUAAUUUUUUUUUUUUUUCCUUUUAUAAUUGGGUGCACAAAGAGAUUGUGGUAGCAUCAGGUUCUCUUUCCAGUUAGUUUAAGCUAAAAGCUGCCAUUUAACAUCUCACAGUGUUACAGUUAAAUGCUGGAUUUGUUUUCCUUACACUGAAAAUG